CCCCCCACUGCCACCUUGCCUUGCCUUCUCUUCUCCAGACUUUGAAAGGAGAAGUUCUCCACUGAACAGAGAGUUCCCCCCAGGGGUCGGCCGCGCCCCUUCCUGUCCCCGCCCUGCUGGCUGCCCUAGGCUAGUGCAAGUGGCAGCCCCAGAACCUGGACCACGGGGUGCUGGUGAGGCCUGGCCUGGGUGCCCACUGUGUGAGCCCUGAGCCCCCUCAGGCCUCCACCUGCCCACCCUUGCCAGCACUACCUCUUUGCCAGUGCCCACUUCCUCUCAGGGUGUCCCCAAGAUGGUGAGGUGGUUUCACCGAGAUCUCAGUGGGCUGGAUGCAGAGACUUUGCUCAAGGGCCGGGGGGUUCACGGAAGCUUCUUGGCCAGGCCCAGUCGCAAAAAUCAGGGUGAUUUCUCCCUCUCUGUCAGAGUGGGGGACCAGGUGACACACAUUCGGAUCCAGAACUCAGGGGAUUUCUACGACCUGUACGGCGGGGAGAAGUUCGCCACUCUCACGGAGUUGGUGGAGUACUACACACAGCAGCAGGGUGUUCUGCAGGACCGCGAUGGCACCAUCAUCCAUCUCAAGUACCCCUUCAACUGCUCGGACCCCACCAGCGAGAGGUGGUACCAUGGCCACAUGUCUGGGAGCCAGGCAGAGACGCUGCUACAGGCCAAGGGGGAGCCCUGGACGUUUCUGGUCCGCGAGAGUCUCAGCCAGCCUGGAGAUUUCGUGCUGUCGGUGCUCAGCGACCAGCCCAAGGCCUGCCCUGGCUCUGUGCUUCGAGUCACUCACAUCAAGGUCAUGUGUGAGGGUGGUCGCUAUACGGUUGGAGGUUCUGACACCUUCGACAGCCUCACAGACCUUGUGGAGCAUUUUAAGAAAGUGGGGAUUGAAGAGGCCUCGGGCAACAUGGUCUACCUGCGCCAGCCUUAUUAUGCCACACGGGUAAACGCGGCAGACAUUGAGAACCGGGUUUUGGAACUGAACAAGAAGCAGGAAACCGAGGACACAGCCAAGGCUGGCUUCUGGGAAGAGUUUGAGAGCCUGCAGAAACAGGAGGUGAAGAACUUGCACCAGCGCGCCGAAGGACAGCGGCCGGAGAACAAAAGCAAAAACCGCUACAAGAACAUUCUCCCAUUCGACCACAGCCGCGUCAUCCUGCAGGGGCGAGACAGCAACAUCGUCGGUUCUGACUACAUCAACGCCAAUUAUGUCAAGAACCAACUGCUAGGUCCCGAUGACAACGCGAAGACGUACAUUGCCAGCCAGGGCUGCCUGGACGCCACCGUCAAUGACUUCUGGCAGAUGGUGUGGCAGGAGAACAGCCGAGUCAUUGUCAUGACCACCAGGGAGGUGGAGAAAGGCCGGAACAAAUGUGUCCCAUACUGGCCGCAGGUGGGCACUCAGCGCGCUUAUGGCCCCUACACCGUCACCAACCAUGAAGAACAAGAUAAAGCCGAGUACAAGCUCCGCAUCUUACAGAUGGCCCCAGUGAACAACGGGGAUCUGACUCGGGACAUCUGGCACUACCAGUACCUCAGCUGGCCAGACCACGGGGUCCCCAAUGAGCCUGGGGGUGUCCUCAGCUUCCUGGACCAGAUAAAUCAGCAGCAGGAAAGUCUGCCUCACGCAGGGCCCAUCAUCGUGCACUGCAGCGCGGGCAUUGGCCGCACAGGCACCAUCAUUGUCAUCGACAUGCUGAUGGAGAGCAUCUCCACCAAGGGGCUAGACUGUGACAUUGACAUCCAGAAGACCAUCCAGAUGGUACGGGCCCAGAGGUCUGGUAUGGUGCAGACGGAGGCGCAGUACAAGUUCAUUUAUGUGGCCAUUGCUCAGUUUAUUGAGACCACCAAGAAGAAACUGGAGGUCAUGCAGAACCAGAAGAUACGGGAGUCGGAGUAUGGGAACAUCUCAUACCCCCCAGCCAUGAAGAAUGCACAUGCCAAGGCCUCCCGCACCUCCUCCAAACACAGGGAGGAAGUGUAUGAGAACCUGCAAACCAAGAGCAAGAAGGAUGAGAAGAUGAAAAAGCAGCGGUCGGCAGAUAAGGAGAAAAGCAAGGGGUCCCUCAAGAGGAAGUGAGGUCCAGAGAUUGGAGCCCAGGCCUGGGCCCCCAUUGCUGCUGACACCUCUGCAGGAUGUCCCAACCUGAACCCUGGAGCCGGCCCCCAGUCGAUUGUAAUUUAAAUGGAGGUCUCUCCCUCUCCGUCUGUGACCUGUACAUAACCCCGUGAGGCCCCAGGCGGGGUCAGGCCCUUCUGUAAAUAAAGCCCUCAAGUCUCUGUGA